AUGGCUUCUUCUCUUCAUACCCUCUUUUUCUUCCUCGCUAUUUUCAUUUGUAGUUCUGGGUAUGCUGCCAACGUACCAUCCAACGGGCUUGUCCUCCCCGUUGGGAAGGACACGAAAACUUCCCAAUACUACACAACACUACAAAUGGGCAGCAACCAUGCCACGGUUAAUGCAGUUAUCGAUCUUGGCUCCCAGUUCUUGUGGUUCGCCUGCGAUUCCUACGCUUCAUCUACCUAUAAUCCAAUUCCCUGUGGAUCCAAGAAAUGUGAAAUAGCGAAAGGGAUUGGAUGCGCAGGAUGCAAUCUACCCCCUCGUCCGGGGUGCACCAAUGACACCUGUGGUGCCUCCCCAUACAAUCCCUUCGAAAACAUGCUUUAUUCAGAAGGGUUUGCAGAGGACACAUUAUACUCGAAAAAUAACGUGAAAGUUUCUGAGCUUCCCUUUUCUUGUUUCCAAUCAGAGUACUUGAUCGGUUUCGCCAGUAUAGCUACUGGAAUGUUAGGCCUCGCCAGGACUGAAAUUUCGUUGCACAAACAGGUUGCAAAUAAAUUCAAGUUACCUGACAAAUUUGCAUUAUGUAUUCCAUCUGAUAAAGGAGUGGGGAAAAUAUACAUUGGUGGAGGAAGAUACACUACUCCUAAAUCACUUGUGUCUACACCUCUUAUUAUAAAUCCAGUUAGCACUUACCCAAUUUACACUGAAGGUGAUCCAUCAGAUGAGUAUUUCAUCGAUGUAAAAUCCAUCAGAGUCAAUGGAAGACCUCUAGCUAUCAAAACAUCGUACUUAACCAUUGACGAAAAAGGAGUUGGAGGGACAAAAAUCAGCACUAUAAACAAUUUCACUGUUUUGCAUAAUUCAAUUUACAAGCCUUUAACCAGGGCCUUUGUCAAGGCCGCGGCCAACAUGAAGAUCAAAAGUAUAGCAGCAGUGGCGCCAUUUAGAGCAUGUUUCAGCGUAGAAUCCAUUUCCAGCUUUGUCCCAACAAUUGAUCUUGUUUUGCCAGGAAAGAAUGUUUACUGGAGAAUACACGGAGCAAACUCACUGGUUAAAGUUAAUAAUAAUGUUUCAUGCCUUGCAUUCGUGGAUGGUGGAAAAGAGCCAAGAACUUCUGUCGUUAUCGGGGGACAUCAGUUAGAGGAUAAUCUUCUUGAAUUUGAUUUGGUUUCAUCAAAGCUCAGCUUUAGUUCAUCCCUUCUACUCCAGAAUUCAAGCUGUUCCCGUGUUUAAGCUCUUCUGAUUAUUUUCUUUUUCUGCAUUGAUUUUCAGACUUUAAUAAUGUAGUCAAUUCUCGGUUUCGUGUUCAAUAAGGAUAUAUCCAUCAUGGAAAACAUAUUAUUUAAAUGAAUAAGUUUGUUCUGUAUUAAUUAA